AUGUCUCCAUUUCAGUUGUUGUUUGGGAAAACAUGUCAUUUGCCUGUGGGAUUGGAUCAUAGGGCAUUGUGGGCUGUUAAGUUUUUAAACUUUGAUCCAAAAGCAGCAGGUGAGAAAAGGUUACUGCAAUUGGAUGAACUGGAUGAAUUUCGUCUUUCUGCAUAUGAGAGUGCAAGCUUAUACAAGGAAAAGAUCAAGCUAUGGCAUGACAGGAAGAUCACACCCAGGGAUUUCAAGGUGGGCAAUCAAGUUCUGCUAUUCAACUCCAGGUUGAAAUUGUUCCCAUUGUUCCCAGGGAAGUUGAAGUCCAGAUGGUCUGCACCAUUUUUGGUUAAAGAUAUGAAGUCCUAUGGAGCGGUGCAAAUUUGUCUUUUGGAUUCUGACCAAAGUUUUACUGUCAACGGUCAGAGAUUGAAACUAUACAUUGGAAGUGCAGUGGACAGGCAACUUCUUACAGUUGCCCUGUUGGAG